UCAGCGGCGCGCUUGCUGCGGGACGGGCGGGAGCGGCCGUUGGCGGCGGGAAGCGGCGCGGCGCGGACGCGGUCUGGUACAGCGCUAUGGGGAAUGCACCGGCGGAAGAUGAAGUAACACUCCUUGAAAGAGAUAUGAAAGAGUUUUGGAACCAGUUUAAAUUCAGUUAUGGUACUGAACAGAACAAUCAGACUUCAGCGCUGAGAGAUUUGUGCACGGAGACUUUAGAAGCUCUUGCAGAGAAAUGGUCCAAGAAGCUGAAAGAAGAGGAUGUGAUGAUUGACAAAAUUCACGAGUAUAACAAUGAGAUUCUCCAGCAGAGCAAAUACAUAGCAGAAAAGGAAGAGCAGUUGACAGAAAUAAGAUCAGAGCUAAAUCAAGAACAAGAGCAGCAGAAGAACUUGAUGGACAGCAUUGAAGAGCUUAAACAAGAGUUGAUGAAGAAAAUGGAAAUAAAAUCUUCUAAAAAUAAAGCUGCCAAGGAGAAACUGGAACAAGUGAGCAAGAUUAAAACAUUGUUUAAAGAGCAUCUUGCGUUGGAGAUGCGUAGAAUCCCAGAUGAGCAAUUACAGUUUAUAUUCAGGCACAUUGACCACAAAGAUCCUGAUAAGCCCUACGUGUGUACCCUUUCCAUAAAUGAACAAGGGGACUAUGAAGUGAAUUCCUGUACUCCUCCUCUGGACUGUAUUGCAGAGUUACAGCUUAAACUGAGAGAAACUAACAAUUUUUCUGCAUUUGUUGCCAACAUCAGAAAAGCUUUCACUGCUUUAUCAUAUAAACAGUCUGCAUGAAACUGGUUUGUACCUCUCUUUCUGGAUGUAGAGCACUCUUACCCCCUUCCUGUUGGUGAAAUGGUGUAUUUAUCAAUGUUUGAUUCCUAAUUUCUAAAUAAAGAUCAUGAAAGUGAUAUUUUAGUCUACUGUUAUCUGGACACAUUUUGAAUCAUUCAUUGAACAUUGGUAUCACCAACUACUGCCUUAACUGAAUGUCUGGACAUGUAAAUUUUGAUCCAUUACAUGCAUUAAUGGUGCAAUGGUUUGUAUUUAGCUGCCCCGAGGAGAUAAUCAAAAUAAAGUAGCUUCUGUAGCUUGUGUAUCUUUUCCAAAAGCAUGGAUGUCUCUGUCAGAUUUCUGUGUAGUUGAAAUAGGCCUGAAACCUAUUAAAAAAAACCAGUUUGCUGAAGCUGAACACUUGUUUCAGUUACUUGUGUCAUAGGUCAUUGUCCUGAUUUUUACCGUAACUUGUACUCUACAGUGUUAGCAUUUAUAUUCAUGCAUCUAAAUAUUUUUCUUCUGGUCUGCUAAACUUUGUCAUUGGAAACCUUUUGACAUGGCAAAGCCUGAAGUAUAAUGUAUUAAAGUAUGAAAUAUAGUGGUGACAGAUAAAUCAUGUGUGCAUUUUUCAUCUUAUUAAGAAGACUAUUACUACCACAAUGCUUAGCUUUGAUUGAAAAUAUUCUUUUUCUAUCCUGUAAACUGUUAUCAUUUUUACAGAAAUAUUUAAAAGGACUGUUGCAACAAGAAGGAAAAUGCUUCAUUUGAUAAUAUACCAUAGUUGAAAUAAAGACUUGACUAGGUUCAGUCCUAGAAGUUCUAGUGCAUCAAAAACUAAUAUGUAUGACCUAGUAAUUUAGGCAUGUUUAAAUGUGGUGAUCAGAUCUGAUCUGAUCUGAUCAGAUAUUCUUAGUACAGUUGGGAAUAUUUCCCAGUCAUAUGUGAACUGUAUUUUAAAUAAUUUGGUUUGUCUGAACUUAACCAUAUGGCUUGAUGGGUACACCACAGACUACACACUCAUCUUCUAGGAUCACAACAAAAAAAGUAAAAGACAUAAUCUUCCAUUUCUUCUUCUCUAUAGGGCAUAAUUUGCUGUUUUCUAUGUAGUGCAUCAUUUUCCUUGGUGUGCCCUAUUGAUUUUUUUCUUGUGUUACAGCCAGUUAUACACAAAGAACAGUAAGAAAGGUAAAGGUGCCAAUUGAUUACACUGCAAUUUUGGAACAGAAUAGCAGCAGAGAAUUACUAAGCAUUACUGUAGUGACAUCUCCAAUAAAACAAAUCUUCAGUUUCUGCUUUGUGUCCUCUCUCAGGACAAACCCUGUGUCCUCUCUGAGAAUUCUGUAACUGCAAUGGCACACAAAGACAAGGGAUGGGAGCCUGACUUCAGGGUCUCAUUGUUCAUUAGUGGAUUUGCUUCCUUUUCAAUCAGAUUAACAAGAUUUAAAUUGCAGGUACUUCUCAGGAAGUAUGCUCUGUUUGUGCUGUACUGUCUUCUCUACUGUGUCAAUAAACUGCAUUUAUUCAGUGCCUUGAAAUUGUGU